AUGCGGUCGGCUCUUUUUUUGGGAACCUUUUUCAUUGGCAUCAGCGCCGCCAGUGCCAGUUCUGAGCUUGAUGCUGGCAGUGGUGCGCCUCCGGAGGAGCUUCAGAGACUGGCAGAAGAAUCUGGAGAUGGCGGAAAUCAGCUGGAUUCUCUGAAUGCGCUUGAAAAAUUGCAUGAAGCUCAGCGCGCAUCACAAGCUUUUGCCAACCGGAACUUUCAAGAAAACGAGAUUGGAAACGGCAUUCUGCCGCAAAAUGGUGAUGCUUGGGAGGACGAAUCUGUUGACAGUAUCGAGGACGCCGAAGGACGCGGCCUAGGAAAGAAGACAGAUUUCCUCGCACCGCUUCCCCCGCCUAAGAAAGUUGUUGUGCAGGUCCCGGCUAAGAAAACCACUCCUGUAGCAGUCUACCGCAAGUUGCAGGUUGACAGUAUCGGUACAAGUGGAGAUCCUGCGGAGGACAAUCACGAGCUCCAGAAUGGUCUCGGCCAACGGAACACGGACGAUGACCAAGCAGACGAGAGAAAUGUGUCGGACGAAUCAGAAGAUCACAUCAGUGAAGGAAACGAAGUUGAAGAGGCGGCAAAUGACGGCAACCUCGACUCUGCCCCAGAAUCGGCAGAAGCCAACGAUCUGGACGAUGCCAACGGGGCUGAUGGUAUCGAUGGUUUGGUGACAGACAUGUCAUUUGAAAUUACAGAUUUUCAAGCUCCUGAAGAUGAGUCAGACGGUCCAGUGGACGAAGAGUCCGAGGAACAACGAAGCCUCGGAAAGAAAAGGUACUACUACGCAGUACCAAAAAAGGCCCAGCCCCCUCCAAAGAAGGUAGCUGUCGCCCCGAAAAAAACGCCUCCAGUGAAAGCUCCAAUGAAAGUCCAUGAGAAAAAGUAUGUUCCACCUCCGAAGAAGGUUCACCAGAAGAAGACAGUGGCUCCGAAAAAAGUCGUGCGGCCAGCCAAGAAAUACGUUCCUGUGCAAAAGAAGGCACCGCCGCCUAAGAAGGUCUAUGCGCCACCGCCGAAAAAAGUCUAUGCACCGCCGAAAAAAGCGUAUGCUCCGCCUCCGAAGAAAGUAUAUGAGACCAAGAAGUACGUUCCAGUGUCGAAAAAAGGUGGCUACUGA